AUGCCGUAGGUCUCCGCGAACCAUACACUCCUCCAGUAUCCCAGGAUGCCGUAGGUCACCACGAACCAUACACUCCUCCAGUAUCCCAGGAUGCCGUAGGUCUCCACGAACCAUACACUCCUCCAGAAUCCCAGGAUGCCGCGGGACUGUAGGACUUCUCCUGCUGCCGCCGCAGUGAGCUCUUUGUGAAGAUGGCGGGCGGUGGGUGCGUGCAGCAGGAGCGACAUCGGCCUGGGGCCUUCAAACAGAACAACAAGGCCCACAAAGCCGGCAGGCACCGCACCAAGGGCUGCCUGGAGCGGGAGCAGAGAGGCAGAGUGAGUGUGAAAGUGAGCACCAAGAAGCUGAAGAAGGACCUGAGGAGACACGAUCGGCGGCACCAUGCAACUCAGAUCCGCCAGCAGAAGAGGGAAGCGGUGCUCGCAGAGAAGAGGAGUCUGGGCACUAAAGAGGGUCCCCCCCAUCUGGUGGGUGUCAUCGUCUUGCACUCUGGUACAAGUGGCGAAGAUGUCAUGAGACUAAUUCGGAGUGACGAGACCUCAAGUGUGUACGACCUCGGCAGAAGUGGUGAACGAUUUGGCUUGAUUUGCCCCAGGUUCAAACAGAGAUUCAGCUUCAUCCGAGUAAAUUCAGGUGAUAUCCAUGCUGUCCUUGAUCUUGCCAAAGUGGCGGACACGCUGAUGUUGGUGCUGGAUCCACAUGAGGGAUGGGAUAGUUAUGGUGACUUCUGCCUCUCCUGUCUGUUUGCACAAGGCCUCCCAAGUCAUGUGUUUGUGGUUCAAGGAAUUAAUGACCUUCCUGUCAAGAAGCGAACAGAUGCUAAAAGGAGUUUGACCAAGAUUUUAGAGAGACGUUUUCUUGAUGCGAAACUCUUUCACGUGGACACGGAGCAGGAUGCUGCACUGAUUGUCAGACACAUUGCAAUGCAGAAACAGCGACACCUUGCUUUCAGAGAUCACCGAUCCUACUUAUUGGCUCAGCAAGUGACGUUUGAAGCUGAUGAUGGAAAUGGGCUGGUGGGGACACUGAAGGUGUCUGGUUAUAUCCGGGGGCAGCCACUGAAUGUAAACAGGCUGGUUCACAUUGUAGGACACGGAGAUUUCCAGAUGCAACAAAUUGAUGGUUCACCUGACCCCAUGCCCCUGAACCCCAAGACUACUAAGAAAAGAGAGGGCCUGACAAUAAGUGAUCCCUGUGCUGAGAUGGAAGAGGACCUGAAAGUUCUGAUGAAAGCAGAUUCUAGAAAGCAGGAAUCGCUUGAAUCGGAAGUUGUUCCUGAUCCGAUGGAGGGAGAGCAGACUUGGCCCACAGACGAAGAGCUGCAGGAGGCUGAGGAUACUCUGAAGUUAAGCAGGAAGAUUGUUCGGAAAGUUCCGAAAGGUACCUCUGAUUAUCAGGCCACCUGGAUUCUGGAUGAUGAGGGAGAUGAGGAGGAGGAAAGUGACGAAGAUAUGGAGAAAGAUGAGAUAAUGGGCGAGACAGUGUCACAGGCCAGCGAAGAAAGUGAUUGUGAGGAAGAGACUGAUGAGGAAUGUGAAACCAUGACAGUUCCAGAAAGUAUUCGUGAUGAUAAUUAUGAUGAGAAGGUUGAUGAAGAGGAGGAGAUGAUGAUGCUGGAAAAGUGCAAGCAGGAGCGAAUGGAUGAAAUGUUCCCCGAUGAGGUAGACACACCGAAGGAUGUAGCUGCUCGAGUCAGGUUUCAGAAGUAUCGGGGGCUGAAGAGUUUCCGCACUUCACCCUGGGACCCCAAGGAGAACUUACCGCGGGAUUAUGCCAGAAUAUUCCAGUUCCAGAAUUAUACCCGGACAAAGAGAAGAAUCUACAGGGAGAUUGAAGAGGAGGUGGAAGGUGCAAUGCCAGGCUGGUAUGUUACUGUACACAUUGGCAGCGUACCUGUGUCACUGAUGGACAGUCUCGACCCAGAGGUUCCCAUGGCCCUCUUCACCCUGCUGCCGCACGAACACAAGAUGUCAGUGAUGCAUUUCCUGCUCAGGAGGCACGCAAGCAACACUGAGCCCAUCAAGUCGAAAGAGGAGAUGGUGUUCCACUGUGGCUGCAGAAGAUUUCGGGCUCCACCUCUGUAUUCCCAGCACACAUCAGCCAACAAGUUCAAAUAUGAGCGUUUUUUCCGUUGUAACAGCACUCUGGUGGGCACUGUGUACGGUCCAAUCACCUUCUCGCCAGCCUCCGUCCUGAUGUUCAAGCAAAGAGUCAAUGGUAUGCACGACCUCAUUGGAACUGGCUCUGUACUGAAGGCUGACCCUGACCGCAUCAUCGUCAAGAGAGUUAUCCUGAGUGGCCAUCCCUUCAAAAUCCUGAACAAAACUUCCGUGGUGCGCUACAUGUUCUUCAGCCGAGAGGAUGUGCUGUGGUUUAAACCAGUGGAACUUCGAACAAAAUGGGGACGAAGGGGUCACAUCAAGGAGCCUUUAGGGACUCACGGACACAUGAAAUGUUUGUUUGAUGGCCAGCUGAAAUCCCAGGAUACUGUGCUGAUGAACUUGUACAAGCGAGUUUUCCCAAAAUGGGCAUAUGAUCCCUACGUUCCGAGCCCAAUACCUUGGGAGCGAACUGAAUCUACUGUCAAUGUGCUGGAGAUUGAGAUCGAUUAGAGUGUCCAGCCAGAGUUCCUCCUCUGCCUUUUAUUUAAAAAAUAUUCCAUUUCAGAA